CCAUGUUCCACAACUGUUCGCAACUUCGCAACUAAAAAUUAAAAGGUUAAAUAGAUAUAUAUCAAUAGUUUAAGAUUGUACAUUUUUUAUUAAAAUUAAGGCUUUUAAUCUGUCAAUUUAAUUAGCAACUGUACAAUUUAUAACAAACUACAUUAAUUUAAGUUCAUUACAUACGUUUUACAAAUGAAGGGGAUCACGCUUUUCGACGUACGGCGCCCUCAGAUAAAAAAUUGAAAUAUUUUGUUUCAUGUAUGUCGACAAUAUUGUAUAUACAAAACUGUAAGAAAUGAGUAGUAUUAAACUUGACGUACAGUGGUCUCCUGUUCAUGCAAAUAAAUUCAUUACAUGGGGUACAGAAAUUUGUUUAUAUGAAGUUAUACAAGUAAAAGAUAAUACUAGGCAAUAUACAAAGAUUUCUGAUACUACUGUUGCUCAUUUACUUGCUACAAAUACAAAUCAUCAUUAUGUUAAAUGUAUUGAUAUAUAUCCACAGCUGGAACCAGAUAUUCUAUUAGCUGUUGGACAAGCAAAUGGAAAAGUUGUGUUAACUACUUUUGGUCCUACUAUUUUUGAUUCUCAAGGUCUUAGUGGAAAGGAACUAGUUCCAAAACAUGCAAGGCAAUGUAACACAGUUGCUUGGAAUCCUAUAGAUACAAAUUUAAUUGUAUCUGGUUUAGAUAAACAUAGUAAAGAUCAUUCCAUUUUGUUAUGGGAUAUAAAUAAAGGUUUGCAAUGUGCUGAAAGAGUACAUCAUCAUAACACAGCGCAAACAGAUUCUGUAAGACCUCUUGCUGAAGUUGGUGUUUCUGAAACUAUACAUUCAGUAGCUUGGUUUAAACACGAGCAGAAAUGUAUGGUAGUUGGUGCUAAUAAUAAACAGUUGAAAAUGAUUGAUUUCAGAGAUUCUGCAAAAGUAGUGAAUACAGCAGUGACUAAAGCAGUUUAUAAUGUAUCGGUUAAUCCACAUAAUAACUAUCAUUUAGUAUCAAGUGUUGAUAAUCAGGUAACAAUUUGGGAUACAAGAUGUUUUGAAAAGCCUGUUUUAACUUUAUUCCAAGGUAGACAAAUCACGAAAGUUUUGUGGUGUCCAACUAGGCAGAAUCUUUUAGGAGCUUUACAGAAGGAUUCAGUGACAUUGCAUUUGUAUGAUAUUCAACACUGUGGAAUUGGAGGAGGAGAAGAUACUGAACCCGGGGCAUUAGAAAGGACAGUUGCACCACCAUGGCAUAGUCCUAUAAGCUUUUCUUGGCAUCCAACGCAUGUGAACAGAUUAUUAGCAAUAUCUCAACAAGGACUCACAGAUUACACUGUUUGUGAAAGGAUUACAGUAAACUGGUCGACACGAUCUCAUCUUGCCUGGAAUCAUGCUUCAAAAUCAUUUAAAUACAUAUGUAGUGAUGACAACAUCUAUAAAGCUUUGGAUGAUAUUUCUAUUUUAACUAAAACACGCGCAGCUUCAGAAUAUGGACUACUUCCAGAACUGGCUGAGAACGGUGAAUUGGCUGAAAAUGAUACCCUAAAGAACUUGUGGCAAUGGUUGUAUCUGAGUCGUUAUUUGGUUGAAGAUGGUACUAUACCAAGCUCAGAUAACAAGCAUCCAGGUGUUAGAACCGUUUUAAAAUUAGAUAGUCAGCAAGGAUCUAACAAUGGUUUCUUGAAAUCAGAAUUAAUUCAUCGUCCGUGGUCAGAUAUAGGUUCUAAUCACACUGCAAAAAUUUACAGAUCUCCAGAUAGAGAUAAAGGACUGCUCUUAUGUGGUUGGCGAUUUGACAGAGAAGCGAACACUCUUUAUGAUAAUUUAUUUUUAGAUAGAUUGGAAAGAGAAGGGGCAUAUCCAAGAGCAGCGGCAAUAGCAGUAUUUAAUUUAUGUUUACGGCAAGCCAUAGAAAUUUUAAAUCGUGGUGCUAGUAAAAUUUCCAUGUCUGCAAAUUUAAAUAUCGUUGCUAUGGCUUUAUCGGGAUUCUCUGAAGAUAGGAACAGUAUGUGGAGAGAAUCGUGUUUAAAAUGUAGAUCCCAACUCUCGGAUCCCUAUUUGAGAGCAACUUUUGCGUUUUUAACAGCAGAUGAUUCUUAUGAAAAUGUUUUGAACGAAGACGGUAUGGCAGUUGAGGAUAGAGUGGCGUUUGCUCUUAUGUUUUUAUCGGACAACAAAUUAAGCGAUUACUUAAAAAAAUUGACACAGAAAUUAACCGACGAAGGAAAUUUAGCUGGUUUUCUUUUAACAGGUGCCAGUUUAGAAGGUAUACAAUUAUUAAAUCGAUACUUGGAAAUCACUGGUGAUGUCCAAAGUUGUAGCCUGAUAGCUAUUCGAGCACUUACGCCAAAGUUACUGCAAGAAAAUCAGGUUCAAGUCUGGAUUACUAGUUACAGAAACCUCUUAAAUGCUUGGAAAAUGUGGACUCAGAGGGCACAUUUUGAUAUUGCUAUGCGGUCCGCUACGAAUGAGAAACCGCCACAACAAAUAUAUAUCUCUUGUAACUUUUGCGGUAAAAGCAUAUCUGCAUUUAUGCAAGGUCUUAGUAGAGCAAGGGGACCUUUUGGUAGAUUAGGAAGCACACCCAAUAAAUUAAAGAUGUCUUCGUGUCCAAACUGUAGAAAACCAUUACCUCGAUGUGCGAUUUGUUUGAUGCACAUGGGUACUGUAAGUGGUUUACAAAUGACAACAUCUGGCGUUAGUAGAAACGAAGAAUGUGAUAACAAAUUAACAGAAUUCAGCAAUUGGUUUACAUGGUGUCAAACGUGUAGACACGGUGGUCAUGCUGAUCAUAUUACACACUGGUUUCGGCAACAUUCUGAAUGUCCAGUGACAUCGUGUACUUGUAGAUGCUUUUCCUUAGAUGCAUCAUGCAAAAUUGGAAUGAGUAUUGUAUAAAUAGAAACAAUAGGUUCAAAGGAUUUUGAAUAAUGUUGACAGUGCUCAUUUUGGUUUUAGGAUUUUAGGUUAUUCCUAGAGACAGUAUAAAUACAAGAAGCAAAUGAUAACAAACCUUGUACCUUGAUAAUGUGGCACUGUUUAAUUUCACUAUGAAGAAAUAAAUGUAAUAAUUGUAUAGUAUAUA